UGGACGAAUUCCGUCUUGAAAUACAGAGGAGGGAUCAAGAAAUUUUGGCUAUGGCGGCCAAAAUGAAAACAUUGGAAGAACAACAUCAGGACUACCAACGGCAUAUUGCGGUGUUAAAGGAGUCACUAUGUGCCAAGGAGGAACACUACAAUAUGCUGCAGGCUGAUGUUGAGGAGCUGCGGGCCCGGCUCGAGGAGAAGAAUCGCCUGCUGGAGAAGAAGACUCAGGGCACACUGCAAACGGUGCAGGAACGCAACCGUUUGACGAGCGAAUUGACCGAGCUCAAGGAUCACAUGGAGAUCAAAGAUCGUAAAAUAUGUGUGCUGCAGAGAAAGAUUGAAAAUCUCGAAGAUUUGCUUAAGGAGAAAGACAAUCAGGUGGAUAUGGCCCGGGCCCGUUUGUCGGCAAUGCAAGCUCAUCAUAGCAGUUCUGAGGGCGCUCUCACAAGUCUCGAAGAGGCCAUUGGCGACAAAGAAAAGCAAAUGGCUCAGCUACGAGAACAGCGAGAUCGUGCCGAACACGAAAAGCAAGAAGAACGUGAACUGCAUGAGCGUGAAAUUGCCGACUACAAGAUCAAGCUGAGGGCCCUCGAAAGCGAAGUGGAAAAGUUGAACACUCGAUUGGAGCGUGCCGUUACCGAACGUGAACGUUUGGAAAUUAAAUUGGAGGCAUCGCAAAGUGAACUGGGCAAAUCGAAGGCGGAACUCGAAAAGGCCACGUGUGAAAUGGGCCGUAGCAAUGCCGAUUGGGAGACGACAAAACAGCGUAUAGCCCGUUUGGAAUUGGAAAAUGAACGCCUUAAACAUGACUUGGAAAGAUCUCAGAUGCAGCUAGAAGAACAAACCACACUACAUAAACAGACAACAUUUGGUCGCACAACACUAACCACUUCCCAGGAACUGGAACGGGCCACCGAGCGGGCCGACAAAGCGGCAGCCGAACUAAGACGUACCCAAGCCGAGCUGAGAGUCACUCAGUCGGAUGCUGAGAGGGCUCGCGAAGAGGCUGCCGCUUUACAGGAGAAACUCGAAAAGAGCCAGGGCGAAGUGUAUAGACUGAAGGCUAAACUAGAAAAUGCCCAAGGUGAACAGGAAAGUUUGCGACAGGAACUAGAAAAGGUCCAAGGCAGCAUUUCACGUAUACAUGCCGAUCGCGAUAGAGCCUUCUCCGAAGUGGACAAAAUGAAAGAAGAAAUGGAACGUACCCAGGCCACAUUGGGUAAAGCACAAUUACAACAGGAGAAACUGCAAAAUGCAUUGGACAAGGCACAAAACGAAGUCGAUCAUUUGCAAGAGAAACUCGACAAAUCCAAUGCCGAAGUUCGUCGCCUAACAUUGGAGAAAGAGAAAUAUACCUAUGACUAUGACAGUUUGCAGUCACAAUUGGACAAGGCAUUAGGCCAGGCAGCCCGCAUGCAAAAGGAACGUGAAACACUCACCUUGGACACAGAUCGAAUACGUGAAAAACUUGAAAAGACACAGAUGCAACUUGCCCGUGUCCAAAAGGAGCGUGAUCAAUUCUCCGAUGAAUUGGAAACACUCAAAGAACGCUCCGAAUCGUCACAGACCCUGCUACAAAAGGCAGCACGCGAUCGAGAGGCAAUGCAAACCGAUUUGGAAGUACUGAAAGAACGCUACGAAAAGUCCCAUGUCAUACAGCAGAAAUUACAGAUGGAACGUGAUGAUGCCGUCACCGAGGUGGAAAUUCUCAAAGAGAAACUCGACAAGGCCCUGUAUGCCAGUCAGAAACUGAUCGACGAGAAGGACACCUCUAACAAGGAAUUCGAAAAAAUGCUGGAGAAAUAUGAUCGGGCUCAAAAUGAAAUCUAUCGUUUGCAGUCACGCUGCGAUACAGCAGAAGCUGAUCGUGCUCGCCUUGAGGUCGAGGCUGAACGUUCUUCGUUAGCCGCAUCGAAGGCACGCGAAGACCUACGCAAGUUGCAGGAUGAAAGCACCCGUUUACAAGAGGCCUGUGAUAGGGCCGCCCUGCAACUCAGCAGAGCCAAAGAGGCCGAGGAUAAUGCCCGGGCCGAACUCGAACACCACCGAGAACGUUAUGACAAAAUACAAACCGAUCUUCGGCGCACCCAAGGCGAAAAGGAACACCUACAAUCCGAACUGGAGAGAGUAUCGUAUGAAUUGGAGAGAGCCCAUGCCGCCCAGAGCAAGGCCAGUGCCAGUGUGGAAGCCGCCAAGGAAGAGGCUGCCCACUACGCUGUGGAAAUGGAGAAAAUGCGCGAUCGUUACGAAAAGAGCCAGGCCGAACUUAGAAAACUGCAGGACACCGAAACAUUUGGUCGCGAAACACGACGCCUCAAGGAGGAGAACGAACGUUUGCGCGAAAAACUCGACAAGACCCUCAUGGAACUGGAGACCAUCAGAGGCAAGUCUCAAUACGAGUCCGAGUCCUUCGAGAAGUAUCGCGACAAAUAUGAGAAACUCGAGAACGAAAUUCAAAACAUGGAGUCCAAACUGCACGAAACAUCACUGCAACUGGAACUCUCCAAGGGAGAGGUGGCCAAACUGCUGGCCAGCCAGGAGAAACAACGCACUGAGUUGGAGAGAGCUCACAUCGAGCGCGAAAAGGCCCGAGACAAGCACGAGAAACUUUUGAAGGAGGUAGAACGUUUGAGAUUACAACAAUCUUCAGCCAUCAGCCCGGCUGAGUCAGUGCGAGCUUCGGUAACAGCAGGAGAGCGUACGGAAAUAGAUAGGUUAAGGGAUAGGUUAGAGAAGGCGUUACAAUCUCGUGAUGCUACCGAAUUGGAGGCCGGAAGACUGGCUAAAGAAUUGGAGAAAGCUCAAAUGCAUUUGGCUAAACAACAGGAAGCUAAUGAAUCUACACGCAUUGAAUUCGAACGUAUGUCGGCUGAAUUGGGUCGUCUUCACGAUCGCCUCGAGAAAGCGGAGGCCGAGAAGGAGGCUCUGCGACAAACGGCGCGCACCGGCGUAGCGGACAAACCACAUCCACAGCUCGAGAAACACAUGGCCCAACUGGAGGCCGACUGCAAACAGCUGACAAUCGAACGGGAACAACUGGUCCACCAGCUGGAGAAGAGCCAGGAGAUCCUGAUGAACUUCCAGAAGGAGCUGCAGAACGCCGAAACCGAAUUGCAGAAGGCACGCGAAGAGAAUCGCAAACUGCGCAAUGGGCAUGCGACAACACCGGCUGCCGUGGCGGCUGCAGCACCCACACCAGCCGGACCCAGCCCUGCCCAGUUGGCCGAAUUGGCGGCAAUGCAAAAGGAAAUCCAAACACUGCAACAGAAACUGGCGGAAGCCGACAAAGCUUUACAGGCGGCUGGUACAGCCACCCAAGGUGGUGCGUCGCGCGAAGAAGUCGAACAGUAUCGCAAGGUUAUCGAAGCCGAAAAGGCUAAGGCCGAUAUGGCCGAUAAGGCAGCGCAGGAGAUGCAUAAACGCAUCCAGAUGAUGGAUCAGCAUAUUAAGGAACAACAUGCUCAAAUGCAGAAGAUGCAACAACAGCUGAUACAAGCACAACAGCAGCUGCAACAGGCACAGCAGCAAGCCCAACAGGCACAACAACAACAACAACAGCAACAACAACAACAAGCACCUGCCAACAAUGAAGAAAUCAACAAAGAACUGGAGAAAAUUAAGGCUGAAUUGCAAACGGCGACCACACAGCGGGAUCAAUUCCAACAGCAGUUGGAAUUAUUGGUCGAGGAGUUGCAAAAAGCUCAGCUCGCCAAUCAGGAACAAGGGAAACAAUUACAGGCCGCUCAACAGCAAAUCCAACAGUUGCAACAACAACUACAACAGGCAGCUCAAGCCGGCGGUGCCACGGCGGCCGCCACCGAAGCCCAGCGACAACAAUUGGAACAGCAACAGAAACAACUGGACGAAGUCCGUAAACAAAUCGAUAAUCAAGCCAAGGCUGUCGAAAGCGAACGCAAGAUCAUCGAAGAGCAGCGCAAACAAAUCGAAGCCAAACGCAAGGAUAUCGAAGAGAAGGAAAAGAAGAUGAUCGAAUUCGAUGUACAGCUGCGCAAGCGAAAAGAACAAAUGGAUCAAUUGGAGAAACAGAUACAGGCUCAGGGUGGUGGGGCCGCAGCAGCUGGUGAACUCAACAAAAAACUCAUGGACACUCAACGGCAAUUGGAAGCUUGCAUCAAGGAAUUACAAACAACCAAGGAGGAACACCAAAAGGCCGCAACAGAAACCGAACGAUUACUCAAAUUGGUACAAAUGUCCCAGGAGGAACAGAAUGCAAAGGAGAAGACAAUUAUGGACUUGCAACAAGCCUUAAAGAUUGCCCAAGCAAAAGUCAAACAAGCACAAACACAGCAACAAGCAGAUGCUGGACCAGCUGGAUUCUUAAAGAGCUUUUUCUAAACAUAUACAUAGUUAUUAACAAUUAUUCGAUACAAAAACAAAAAAAGAAAAAAAAAUUAUCAAAAAAAAUC